AACUGGCACAGCCUCUCCAGCUCUCAGCUAGUUGCCGGGACCCAUCUUCCAUUCCCAGCACAUCAUUGGUGCAGUGAUCCCAGCCAGCCUUGCUCCCUGGAAGAUGGUCCGCAUCCUCACUGUUUCCCUAGCACAGGCAUGGAAGAGAGAGGAGGUAGCUGGCUAAGGCCAGUCCGACUUCCCUCGUGCUUUGCUGUAAAAUUGUCUGGAUUAUGUCACUCUGUCCAGGAUAAGUCUUUAUAUCCACACUUACUAGAUUAAAUAGCUUUCAUUUCCUUUUAUAUCUGUCCACAUUUCCAGGACUUUUAUGUGAAAGCGCCUCAGAUCCAGAGGCCAGGAUGGUAGGAGUCUUCAAUCCCAACUUGAUAUCAAGCCUGACAUUUAUACAAAAGUGUCUAGCGUUUGUAUCUUAAAUAAUGUGGAUGUUCAUUUAUUUCUCAUGUAAUGGUGUGCCCAGUCCAGAGACCCAGUGUUCUCCCAUCUUGUGGCCCCAGUGUCCCUUAGAAUGUUAUUUUUGUCUUCAUGGCUGAAGCUGGAUCACUGUCUUUUCCAAUGGAGAAGCAAAAAGAAAAUGGAAAGAAAGCAACUUCAUUUUUAAGGACAUGAAGCAAAAGCUGUACUUUCUAUUUUCACCCCUGUUGGCUAAAACCUAGUCAUAAGGCUACAUGGAAGAAUGCUGGGAAAUGUAGUCUUUAGUUGGCAUAGCUGGGAGGGUGGGUCUUAUCCUCAUGAGCAGUUUGUCAUGGGAACGUGAGCGUGAACUGGUUGCCACAGCUGUCAGUGCAGGGCUGAGAGAGUCUUAGGACCCAUGGGGCCUUUCUCAAGGAGCAGGGGCGGCCCUGGGCUACUCAGACCGUCAGGAGUUGAGAAGUGGCACCCCAGCCUGGGCCGUGGAGGCACACUCAGAGGUCAUUGCUGCUGUGCUUGUUGGCGGAGGUGGGACUUGAACUGGACCCAAGGGAUGCUGGAAAUUUGGAUGAGUGAAAGGAGGCAAGGUCACAUGGAGCCACAUUACAGAAGGCCUCAGAACCCUACAGAAGGUGAACAGAUGCGGUGACUCCAGGAUGGGAGCCAAGUUCACCACAUAUUCAGGAUAUCUUCAGGAGGCAGGGGCACCAUGACAGACCACCUCUGGAAGUUUCUGAGAAGCGAGUGUGUGUCAGAAAUACUUGGUCCUUCUUUAGGAAUUAAGGAACUCCAAGCGGCAAUAAACUGAAAACUCAGUGGUUUUCAAAGAACCAUGGGUAAAUUAAGCAAUCUGAGAAGGAUUUCUGAUGAGGUACCAUGUUUGGGAAGGAGACCCUGGCUCUUUGCAGGCUACCUCUUGGUGCCUCUGUGACCGAGUCCUGGCAGAUGGAGGAGGGCAGGCCUCGGGUCAGCAAGCUACAUGGCAAACCUGUAGGAGAGCCCAUCAUGUGCCUUGUGCUGCCUCCCUACCUCCCAGCAGGCUGCCUACCUCCUGUUGCUAGGGCUGGUGUUGAGCAGCUUACACACCAGUGUGUCCAAGGGUUCCUACAGAAGGACUGAGUACCUCUACCAACCCGCCCAUGUGGCCUGGCUACGUACUGCUGAGUCCUGCUGAUUUGCUUGGUGGCUUGGGCCAGUAAUUUUUUUUUUUUAAAGAUUUUAUUUAUUAUUAGAGACAGAGCACGAGCAGGCAGAGGGAAAAGCAGACUCCCCGCUGAGCAGGAAGCCUGACAUAGGGCUUGAUCCCAGGACCCUGAGAUCAUGACCUGGGCCGAAGGCAGACACUUAACUGACUGAGCCACCCAGGUGCCCCUGGGCCAAUAUUUUAAAUAUCACCUGGCUGCGAAACAGAUGUCUUCAAGCAGGACUUGCAUGGCUGCAAGAGACAUAAACCCGACAGGAACUAGUCAAGGCUAAAGGGAAGUGGAUCGGGGCUCACACCCCAUCAUCAUAUAGGAACGGCAGGGGUGACUGCUUCAUCCAGUGCCUGCCCCUCAGCUCCUCGGCUUUGCCCCCUGGAGUUAGAGCUAGAGCCGGGAGGAUUUCUCAGAAGGGGAGCGAGGCAUCCAGUGCCCACUGUGCUCAGACCUCACUUCAUCAAGUCAGUGCCCUCCUGGGCAUUCAGUUUCCUGCAGCACUCCACCACCACCACCAAAUGCACACGUCUUUGAUUUUAAUUAAAAAAAAAAAAAAAAAAGUCACUUCCCCCAGGCCUGUAGUCUCCUGCCUUUAUGAUAGACUCACUCACCCCUCUUCCACCCUUCAUCCCCACAGAUUCCUUUCUUACCGCUUGCCAGGGAUCCACUCUCUGUCCACUAGUUCCUCCCUUCUCUCUCUCUCUAGCCUCUGCUCCACCUUGUUCUCCUUCCUCAGAGACCGGGCAUUCCUGUGGUCUGUGUGUUGUGGACCCUCAGCCCUUUCCAACCCUGAGCUCCCCUCCUGAGCUCCAGGUCAGCAUACCAUGCUUCCUGCCAAGUGACUGCACAGGGUGAUCCACAGGCACCUGUCUCACACUCCCCCUGCCCAGGGGUUCACCUGGUCUCUCCAGAGUCUACCGUCCCUUCCUGCGGCCUUCCAGCAUUCUCUGUACCUCUCUCCCUCCACCUCAGGCCCGGGGAUCCGGAUCCACUGGCAGUUCCUGUGUUGACUCUUCUCUCCGUUUUGGUUCCUUAUGUGGGAGCACCACAGCUGCCCCAUGUGCAGACUCCAGCUAACUCCUUGUCAUCUUUCACCCAGACCAUCUGAUCUGGGGUUUGUGCCCCUCUGUGCUCCAGCAGCACCUGAACACUCAGCCGUAAGCCUCCCCUGCUUUCGCAGAUGCUCCCAGAUGGAUAAAGUCCUAUCCUCAGGGCUAGCCAUUAGUUGGAGCUCAGUGGUGAAUGGCCAUUACAGAAUGGCUUUCUGUGUCCUGCCGAGAGGGAUAGGAGGAUGAAUUUCAGAGUCUGUAAUGUGGAAGGGGACAGCAAACAUUCUUGAAAAGCUACGGAUGUUGCCAGAAUGGAACCAGAGUGUCCCCUGGGAAGCUUAGUUCUGGUUUGGAUUUUUUAGGAAAAAGCACACAUUACUGAAAAAAGAAAGGCACCCCAUUCCUCUUUUAAAAUAAACACAGGACUUCGAAUAAAACGUUCUGUAAACCCAAACCAGAACUAAGCUAGUUUAUUGAACUCAUUCAUUUUCACUAAACUACAAAUGUUUUCCUAAAAAUUACUUGGUUAACCAACACAUAUAGGAACAAAAUGUGUUUCCCGAAACAAUUUAACUGAAUAUACAGUCCACACAUUGCUUCGGGUCCCUGCUAAAGAUAAGUCAUUUUGAAAAUUCACGUGUGCCUUCUGCCUGAGCAGCUGAAGUCAAGGUGCCUGUUGAUGACUGUGGUGCUCCUUAUGUUAUCCCCUCCCCCGCUUUACAACAGGAUUUGACGCACUUGCUCUCCUAACGACUGGCCAGCACAGCACAACGCCAAGCCUGACCCUGGCCCUUGCAUUUGCUGUUCAGCCAAAAUGUGAAAUGUGGAAAUUGGCUAUUAACCCUGUAAACAGGCCUUUGCCCUCCCCCUGGCCCCCAGGCUAAUAGCUGGCGGUGGAAAGCUGAGCUGACGCAGAUUGAGAGGUGGGGGCACAUUUCGAGGGUCCUAGGUUAGCAGUGCCCAACUCCAUGAAAUAGUCCUGGGUUGAGCACAGGGGAAGGCUUGGAACCUUGAGAGGCAAAACUGUUCCUGCCCUCCCCCUGCUCAUUUAUAGGCCCACAAAUGCUGCACUGACUGCCCCCUUAACUGGCCCCUUCUCAUGGGCCUCCUGGGAGGAGAGAGAAACCACCUGGGGGUAGGUAUGCCCCACCCAAACCUGCCUCCAUCUGGAGUGACCCCCACCCUGGUGCCCAGGUGUGUGGAUGAGGACUGCUCCAUCCAGCCCAAUUUACAGUGGGGCAAACAAGCCCUCAGGCCCUCAUAGUCUCCCCCAGACUCUUCACGGGUUUCUGGGUUCCCCACUCAGGCAGCCAACUGUGUGGCACAGUUGGCUUUUUCUGGCCCCCUCCGGGCCACAGUUUCCUUUUGGGUUGGAGAAGACUGAGGGCUUUGUAGGCCAAAUGCAGGAACUUGAGGAUACAGCCUGGGAAGUGGGAAGAUGAUUCUUGAGGGCCUGGCCAGGCUGCAGCAGGAGUCUUACAGCUUCAGAUCCCUGGGAAGGUAGGGAGAGGGAGCAGUCUGGUGACUGAUCCUAGGGCCACUGGCUAAAAAUAAACUAGGAGCACGCACUGGGCAGGGAAGGAUGUUGGGUGGCUGGCUGAUCCUCCUCCCUCUUUGAGACGUCACUGGAGUGUGUGGACCAGGAACAGGGGGUGGAGUCACCUGAUCAAUAAAUCCCAGAGCUGCCUGUCUGGGGGUCCUACUCGCCUGGAGGAGCCACCUCAAGGAGUCCCCUCAUCCGCAGCUUUCCCUGGCCCUGCCAUGGCCAGCUGCAGGCUAGGCUUUCUGCUACUGCUGCUGCUGACCGUCCACCCUGGAUCCUUGAAGGCUCAGCACUGGUCCCAUGGCUGGUACCCUGGAGGAAAACGAGCUUCCAGCUCAGCCCAGCACCCCCAGCAUGCUCCAAGGCUCCUAGGAAGGGUCCUGGGCACUGCAGCAAGCAGCCCAGACCAGGCGGCCCAUAACCUCCCAAGCAAUGCCCUGGCUCCCCCAGAGAACAGUGUGCCCUGGGAGGCCAGAACCACAGGCUGGUGGCCCCUCCGUCAGAAGCAGCACCUGGUGAAGACACUGCUGGUAAGUACAGCGAGAGGCCUGGCAUUGGCCAGCAGGGGCCGUUGUGGCUAAGGACUUGGGGGCUAUGUGGACAGAAGAGGGGGUAAUGAGACAACACUGAGACGCCCCCUGCCAAGGCACCCCCUGGCGCACACAGCAGGAUUCCAUCUGCUAUCCUUCCAAUUUCCCAGAAUUCUAGGCAAUUUAUGAUAAGAUACUUACGUUAAGAUUAGAAGUCACUAGUGGAGUGGAGAUAAUUGUACUAAAACUCCAUAAGUAAGACUGGCUGUAGUGGGGUCCUCGAGGCUUCUUUCUUGUCAGGAGAAGCCAGUGUGUCUCGAGGACGGCCCCAGGAACCAGGUGGUCACUGACAUGCACUACGAAUGACAGUGAUUGCAGAAGACCGCUGUGCAGAGAUGGGUUAUUACUAUUUUGCAAAUUUAAAGUGCACCAAGAGAGCGGUAACUGAAGAAGAAAGUUGUAAAUUCCUAUAAGGCAAAAAACUUACCACCUAAUUAAGACGGUAUGAGCUCAGGUUUUUACAAACGAGGUGCGUUAAGGGUGGACAACGCCCAGGGAGCUACAGAGCCCCCAGCUGGGGCCUCUAGGGGGCAGGGGGCAUCUGCAGGACCGAAGAGCAGGCCGAUCCCCUGGCGGCAGCAUCCUGCUCCACAAAACCAGGUCGGGAAGGGUGGGGGCGGACAAGGUCGCAGCCGGGCGGCCAGGUAACCAGGGCGCCGGCUGGAAUGAUCACCCGCCUACCCCGCAGACCGGACGUAGAGCGUCGCGCCCUGUCGCCCUCCAAUAAAGAUGUGAAGUCCCUGAAGCUGCUGCCUCGAGUUGUCUCCUCCGUCCCAUCCCUCGCCCACCCCCGCUGAGACCCUACCCCACGUGGGGAUUGGAGGGACGUGGGCCCGGCCCGC